UGCUGAAAUUACCAAGAGGAUGACGACGCUGUGCCGCACCUGUGGUCAGGAGGCGGAGCACGCCAAGGCACUCUUCGACAAGGAGGGCAGCGACGUCCUGAACAACAUCCUCAAACUGACGGGCCUUUGGCUGAGGAACCAGCCGGGUGUGCCCACGAGGAUCUGCUUAUCCUGCUUGCUGGACCUGAAUGACGCCAUCGCCUUCCGGGAGCUCUGCCUCAAAACCAACUCCUCUUGGUUUAAAAAUCAGAGCAAACAAGAGUUUUCGGAUUCAGGGCAAACAACUACCAAGGAAGACAGAAAUAAUAGGGAAAAAAGUGGUGUGGAUGUUGUGCCCGUUAAUAUCGUGCCGAUCAACAUGGUCCCUCUUACACAGGCUCAAAAGAUUCUUCUACAGGGGAGGAUCCCACCACAGCGCAGCAAGAAAGUGGAUGAAAUUCCUCUUAGGACACUAGAAUCUCCUAUUUAUCCCUUGAUCGUCCCCGAAGUUCCUCCUGCCGAUCUCGUCGAUCCUCUUCGGUGCGAGGACCCUAUUCUGGUGAAGAGCGAGCUCCUCCUUUCAGAUGGGGAACCUGAGGAGUCCAUAAAGCACGAAGAGGCCGAAUCCGAAAUCCUACAAGUUAUGAAGGAAGAGCCCAGAAUACCACAAGUCAUCGAGGAGGUACGGAAAAAGCGAAGAAAGACAAGAAGGAAAGACUCCUUAGAGGAGUGCCCUGGAAAUGAAAUGGUGGAGAAUACUAACUCCACUGCCACUUCCACUGCUGACGAAUUUUCCCCCACCAGAAGGAAUAAGAGCAAAGAGGACAAAUAUGCCACUCGAAAUAAAUGGGGGGCUGCCAAAAGAGCGUAUGCCCUGGAGCACAGACUAUAUUUCUGCGACCAAUGCGGCAAAACUUUUAGCGAGAAGGGCAACUUCAAUGUCCACCUCAGACGGCACAAGGGCACCAAGGAGUUCCAGUGCAAGGAGUGCGACCGCAAGGAGUUCACCCAACACCUGCUCAAUUUGCACGUGCGGAUCAAGCAUCGUGGCGAAUUGCCCUACGUGUGCAAGUACUGCGGCAAGCGAUUUGACAACUGCCUCAAGCGGCUCAACCACGAGCGGAACCACAAGGAGAGCCCCGUCCACCGACCACACGUGUGCUCCACAUGCCAGAAGGCCUUUAAGACUUCGACGGCCCUCAAGGAUCACAGCGUGGUGCACACGGGGGAACAGCCAUUCCAAUGCGAGCUCUGCCAGACGUUCUUCAAUAGGAGGAACGCCCUGGCCACCCACUACAAGUCGAAGCACCACCGGAGGAAAGUCGAGGAGCAGUCAAAGAACCCAGGUGCUGAUAUUGCUGUCCAACCCAAAGAGUGAAUUGUUGGUUUCUUGUAAGGUUUGUUGAGCAUUCAUCCUUGCCUUCAAUUGCUCUGCUGUAGACAUGAAAAAUGUCCCUCUGGAACCUUUUCUUAAAAAUGAUAAUACAGCUAAAAAAUUAUCUCAAAAAAUUGUACAUAACAGAGUCUGCUUUAAGUAUUCAUACCCGUUUCUCAGAGUGUUCUAGGGACUUGAAAAUAUGAAACAGGCAGAAGGAAGCGUUCCCUACACUAUGAAGUAUAUGUAUUCUAGCCCUUUCCAUCUGUCCGUCCGUGUAAACGUCGAGAUUUCGGUAACUUAAAAAGCUAAGGAGUUGGUAUUAAGUAUGCAUUAAUUAGGUAUGCCUGAUGUGCCAGUUUGUUUCUGUAUAUUAUAUUUAAUUAAUAAAAUGUGGAAAUUUGUCUAUCAUCCCAUCACUAGUUGAGUAACGGGUAUCUAAUAGUCGACUAGUUUUUUUUAAUAAGUUAUAGCCCAAUAGUAUAUGAUUGUGUUGCAAAAAUAUGCUAUUAUCG